AAAAGCAUGAAAUAGAGAGAGAAGGGGGUAUUAAUGGUAUAACUAAUUGGUGAAAGGAAUAGUUGGGAGGAAAAGAGAAAACUUUUGUGUGAAUGGGGUUGAAAAUAAGUUGGUGGAGUGUAUGGGGUUGUAUUUGGUAUUCUAUGGGUAAGUGGUCAUUAUCCCAAAAAACUAAAAUGGCGCAAAAAUAAAAGAUAAAUGAAGAUAUGGGCCUGGGCCGUGGUGGGUAGUUGAGUAAUCAAAGUCAACGAUAAGAUUCGGUUUGCUGUUUCUUGCGCAUUCAUAGUCUGUUUCUUGGUCGCUUCCCUUGUUUGCUUUUCUCUGUUUCUUGCUGGUUUCAAUGGCCUCCUCUGCAUCUCUUCCUUCAUCAGUUGAAUCAUCAUCAUCAUCAGCUCGUCCGUGGAGGUUUGAUGUGUUCUUGAGUUUCAGGGGUCCUGACACUCGAAGGAGCAUCACAUCUGAUCUAUACGAUCGACUGCAGAAGAGGGGAAUUAAAACAUUCAUGGAUGAUCCAGAUCUUCAGGUAGGGGAUGUGAUUUCUCCCGCUCUCCUAACUGCAAUUGAAAAAUCAAGGUUUGCAAUUGUUGUUCUGUCGGAAAACUAUGCUCAUUCUACUUGGUGUUUGGAGGAACUUACAAAGAUCUGUGAGUGUAUGGAAGACGACAACAGAAUUUUGCCACUUUUUUAUAAUGUGGAACCCUCUGAUGUACGGUACCGGAAGAGGAGUUUCGGAGAAGCUUUCGAUAAGCAUAAUAGCUCUGGGCGACACACAUCACAGCAUGUGCAGCGGUGGAAUGAUGCUCUAAACAAAGUAGCCAGUUUCUCUGGGUGGCAUACAAAGAAUUUUAAGACUGAUGGAGAACUUGCGGUGCAAAUUGUGGAUUUUGUGUGCAGUAAAAUACAGCCGGAGAUUACAAUGUCUACUGGAGAUUUUGAAGCGUUUGAAGAAACAAAAAAAGCCAUGGAUGAGGUUAUGAAGGCGCUUAAAGAUGAUGAGGUCACUGCCGUUGGUGUCUACGGCAUGGGAGGCGUCGGCAAGACAACCAUGGUAAACCAUGUUGCUGCACUAUCCUGCAAAAGUGGGACUUUUCAUCAUGUGAUUAUGGCUGUUGUAUCCCAAAGCCCCAACUUUGAAAGAAUUCAACGCACAUUGGCAGAUUUAUUGGGCGUUCAAUUGCGGUCGAUGACAGAAAUUGGAACAGCUGCUGAACUGAAUAGGGAGAUAAUGAGAAGAGAAAAGAUCCUUAUAAUCUUGGACGAUGUUUGGAACAGAAUAGAAUUGUCAUCCAUAGGAAUUCCUAGCCACGAGGAGCUUCAAAAGUGCAAUUCCAAAGUCAUACUCACCACACGGAGAAGGAAUGUCUGUCAUGCAAUGAAGUGCCAAGAAAAGAUCACCCUCAAUAUCCUCUCAGAAGAAGAUUCUUGGACCUUGUUUGUGAGAAAUGCAAGAAGGUCUUUUGAAUCGACCACUUUUGAGGGUGUAGCGAGGAAAGUAGCUGGAGAAUGCAGGGGUCUACCCAUUGCAUUGGUAGCGGUUGCAAGGGCACUCGGAGAUAAAGAUCAGGUGGAAUGGCAAAAAGCAGCUCGAAGAUUAGAGAAGUCGCAACCUGCAACCGUUGAGGAUGAUCAAGAUGCCUUCAAAUGUAUAAAAGUUAGCUAUGAUUACUUGAAAGAUGAUGAUUCCAAGUCAUGCUUCUUGCUCUGUUGCCUAUUCCCAGAAGACCAGAACAUCCCACUAGAAAACUUAUUCAAGUAUGCAAUCGGGACAGGAUUGUUUCUAGGAGAUGCCGAAACAAUCGAAGAAGCCAGAGGAAAAGCAGAUUCUGUGGUCAAGUACCUGAAAGAUUCUAGCUUGCUUUUGGAUAGCGAGAACAAUGGAUAUGUAAAGAUGCAUGAUGUCAUACGGGAUACAGCCCUGAAUAUUGCAAAAUCCAAAGUUGGGCACGGGUUUCUGGUAAAAGCUGGCUGUGGUUUAGAGAAUUGGCCGCCAUGUGGAUCAGAUCAAGGCUACUCUGCGAUCUCACUGAUGAGGAACAAAAUUGUCAAGCUGCCCGAAGAAGAGCUGGUGUGUCCGAAUCUCCAGAUUUUGUUACUAGACCGAAACCUUUUUUUAAGGGAGAUCCCAGAAAAGUUUAUCCAAAGUCUGAAUAAAUUAAGGCUCUUGGAUCUUAGCAACACUGGUAUUUACUAUCUACCCCAAUCAUUCAGUCUCCUUACCAAUCUCCAAGCUUUGUAUUUAGACUCUUGCUAUCUAUUGGAAGACAUUUCUAUAGUGGGAAAACUGAAGAAACUUGAAAUUCUUGUUAUGAAUGGAAAUCGUGGAAAGAAGAAGCGGAAAUUGUCGAGAGAAAUAGGAAAUUUGACCAAUCUAAGGAUUUUGGAUGUCAAUGGUAGCGGUAUGGUCAGAGUUCCAUCUAAAGUGAUAUCAAGGUUGCAUAAAUUAGAAGAAUUGUACAUGGUGUACUAUGCAUUUGAGGACUGGGGGUGUGAAGCUGAGGGACAAGGAGAAGAAACCAAUAUUUUUGAUGAGGUAGCUGGUUUAUCAAAUUUGAAAAUAUUGCAGGUUGGCAUACCUGAUGCAAAAUACAUCCCUAAAAAUGUUGAGGUCAAACCAGAUUGGGAUUACUUUUAUAUAUGUAUCCGCAAGGCUUCGGACUCCCAUGCAUACACUAUGGAAGAUCAUAAUUCAAGAUCCUUGCAUUUUAGUGGAGCAACCAUGAGUAUCUUACCUGAUUGGUUUAUCAACGCAGUGACAAAGAAAACAGAGAAGCUACAGUAUUAUUGCUGCGAAGGGAUGAAUGACAUUCUUAUGGAAUAUGACCAUGGGAGGUUACAUAAACUCAAGCAUCUCACAGUACGUGGUAAUUUUUGUGAUUCCUAUGUGUACUUGAAAGAGUUGAUGAACACAACAAGAAGAGUUCAAAAAGGACCAGUGUUUGAGAACUUGGAAGAGUUGCAUCUGAAAGAUCUUAUCCACCUUGAGGAGUUGUGUGUUGGUGAGUUACCGCCUGGGUCUCUUUCCAAUCUGAAGGUAUUGCAUAUAGAUUCUUGUGUUAUCUUGAAGAAUGUAUCAAAAUUGGUACAGAGACUACCAAAUCUGGAGAAGCUGGAUUUAAGUUGGAUGCAUAAUUUGGAAUGUGUGUUUGGAUGCGAAGGGUUUGAGCCGAAACAAUCAAAAUUGAGAGAGAUGGAUUCGUUGGGUCCAAAUUCAGCGAAUAGCAUAUGUAAUGGUCCUGCCCCACGUGCAAUGUUCCAGAGUCUUAGAAGUUUGGUCAUUUGGAAUUGUAAGUUGCUGCAAAGUCUGUUCGCAUCUGGUGUAGCCCAGUGUCUUGUUCAAUUGGAAGACCUUUUUGUAGGCAAGUGCCCUUUGUUGGAAAAAGUAAUUGAAGCAGUGAACAAUGAGAAGACAGUUCUACCAAAAUUGAAGAACUUGGUUUUGAAGAAGCUUCCUAAGUUGUAUGGUGCAAGUGGUACUGUUGAUAUUGAGUGUCCUUCAUUGGAACACUUGAUCGUGGUGGAUUGCCCCCAGAUUUCAUUUUCAAACACUUCCUCUCUUUUCAAAGCCGUCGAAUUUUCAACGUCUCCUUCUGACUACUUUGGCAGCAUGAAGCCAGUCCAACUCAAUGGUCCAAAACUGCUCGUAUUUCUACGUAAGAAAAUGACCAAGUUCUAUUGGUGAAGUCUCUCAAAUGGUCCCAACUCCCAACAGUACAUUAAUGGUACCGCUGACUUGCAAUGGUCCCUCAGCUUCUGACUUCAAGGGCAGGAAGUAACCAAGUUCAACUCUAUUUCUUUGUCCAGGGUUCAUCAUCUAACUGAGGCUGCAAGUCCAAUUGAUACACUAGAAGCUUUGCUGGAUCUCGACUUCCAAAACAGCCAUUCUAGGAACCUUGGAGAGUGAAGAGAUUAGUUGACAUGCUCGAUCAGGAUGACAUUUGAUUCUUGCCACUGGUAUUUGUAAAUAAAAUUGUUAAAAAAAAUUCAAGAAUACUGUAAUAUAUAUCUAUGCUGAAAUUGUAGCAGCACCAGUCAAGUGAUUUAUGGUCUCAUUAUGCUCGUAUUAUGGUAGUUGUUCUACAACAUUUCUGAGUUUCCAUUCCAAGGCCAGACUCAUGUCCUUGAAGGUGUUUCUUAUAUCUUACCCAGUAGUAGUCCCGAUACUGAUAAAAAUUCUAUGUAUUAUCUUAGAUGGUUUGGGUCUUGUGCUUCCCUAUUAAUACACCUGCAUUAGUCAUGCAGGUAUUUCUCAAUAUAUGUUGUUUGCCUGUUUUAUAUUAGCUUAAGCUAGCUUUCAUUUUGUGA